UUCUGCAGAAAGGAACCAACCCACAAAAAUGGGAAAAAUGAGCCAACCUCGUUACUUGAAAAAUUAUAUCUCAUUCUACAUUCUGCAGAAAGAAACCAACCUCUAACUAUUUUGUGCACCUAUCUAUGUGAUUUUUAAAGAAGGACUGAAAGUUACUUGGGAUGUAUUACAUUCUGCAAAAAGGAACCAUGUUGUUUGGUUCUUCUUUGCAGAAAACAUAUAAUGGAAAUUUUUUUCAGCAGAACAGAACCAUGUGAGUUGGUUCCUUUUGUAGAAAUGUAUACCUAUUGUUCUAUGAUCUGUUUAAAGUAAACAUUGAUGUUUACAGAGUGCAGAUACAGACAAUAAUGCUAGUUAUAGAUUUCAAAUAGCUAUUACAGAUUCUUAAUGUGGUUAGUGUCUAAAAAAUAUGGACAUUUUUAGCAGGGGUAAAAAAUUGGUAGAGCUUUGUAUAUUACAAAACCCAGCUAACAAUAGUGAUUGUGAAGCAGGAGAGAGUUUGAGGCAAGUUCAGAGUAUUGAGGAUGCUUCCAAGGAUAAUAAAACAUGUGAUGUUUGGCCUGGAAAUAAAAUGUUGUUGGAUAAUCCUGUUAGCAAUCCAACAACUGAAAGCAACAUUGAUAUAAUACUCCAAGAAGAAGAGGGAAAUAGAAGAGAGAAUAAUGUACAGGUGUGUGCAACAUAUAUUAUAUUUAAUAUUGAUAUAAGUUAUUGGUUGGAAAUAAAGAUUUUUAAAUUCAAUUAUAUGUUAUUAUUUCAGGACCCUGAAUGUACUGGACUUCCAGUAGUAACUCUCUGGCAAAAUGACUUUGAUUCAGUACUGUUGCCAGAACCAGGAGUUGAAAUAGAGUUCAUUACUGCUAACUUCACAAACACAUCCCUGGCUGGAAACCUAACUACAGAGAUAAAUGGGACUGGCUUUGAAAUACACGUUAGUACCUUAAAUUUAUUAUUAAUAUUAUUCUUGGCCUAUUUGUUUAAAAAUAAUAUAAGUACACAUUUUAAUAAUAACAAUUUAACUAUUUUAGGAUACUGAUCCCAUCGAGAGUGUACAACUUUUGCCUGCUGAUGAAACUAGUUUAGAAGUAACCAGAAAAAAUGCAAACAUUGUAGCAUCUACAAGCCAUGAUAUUCUUCAGGGAGAAGAAAAUAUUAGUGAGGUUAGUGUAAAUACAAUUUUAUUCAUGCAACAAACUCAAAAAGUGCUUGGAAACUUAAGUUCUUAUAAAUAAAUUUUUUGUUCCAGGAGGAAAUGUUAGUUCACCAAAAUGCUGAUACCGAUUCAGACUUCGCACCUAAACCACCCGACUCUCCGCAGAAAGGAUGUGAUCCGCGGCCAAAGCGAGGGCGAAAGAGGAAGCAUGAAACUUCAAGAGAAGAAAACAAAGCAAAACGAAAUAGAAAUGAAGAACAUUACAACAACAAAGGUGUAAAAGUUGUAAAAUCUUUCAAAGAUUACCGAUGCAAUUGCUCACAAAUGUGUCACGAGAGACUUUCAGUAGAAGUGCGAAAAGAACAGUAUAUAAAAUACUGGGAGCUUGGUUCUUAUGAUGCACAAACCAAUUUCAUUGCUGCUCAUGUGUCUGAAAAUACAAAGAAAAGAAGCCAAGGAAAAAAUGAAGCAAAGAGAUGUUUUUCAAGACGUUACAGAUUUGGCAGUGAAAAUGUAUGUAGGGAUAUAUUUGUCAUUACUCUUGGAAUUUCAACUAAAAGAGUUAAUACCGCACUAAAAAAGUUAAGGACUUCUUCCAUUACUGACAAAAGAGGCCACACACAAGGUGGGAAGAACAAGAUAUCGGAUGGCAAGAAACAAGAAGUAGUGAGACAGAUUUCCAAAAUACCAAAAUAUAAAUCUCAUUACAGACGGGAACAAACUGGUGCUAAAUUUCUUCCCCCAGGCAUGACCUUACAAGAUAUGUAUGGAGCCUACAAAACUGAAGUUUCUGAGCCUGUUAGUUAUUCCACUUAUAGGCGCAUCUUUCUAAAUGACUUCAAUCUGAGAUUUAAAGCAUUGAAAAAAGACACAUGCAAUUCGUGUGAUACCUACGCAGCAAAAUUGCAGACUCCGUAUUCUGAAGAAGAGACAUUGAAAAUAAAGCAGGAUCACGACAAACACAUUGAUAUUGCAGAAGAGGCUCAAAAACUUAUGAGGACUAACAUGAAGGAUGCAAAAGACCAACCUGCAAUGGAAUGUUUGACAUUCGACAUGGAAAAAACGUUACCACUACCCAGGAUUCCUACCAAUGUCAUGUUUUACAAGAGACAGUUGUGGUUGUAUAACUGUGGCAUUCAUUAUGGAAAAUACAGCAAAGGUUUGUGCUACGUUUGGGUUGAAGGUCAGGCAGGUCGUGGUGCACAAGAAGUUGGAUCAUGUUUACUCCACCAUAUUGAAAAUAAGAUUGAGAAAGACACAAAGACACUUAUUUUAUGGUCUGAUAGCUGUGGUGGCCAAAACCGAAACAUAAAAUUGACGCUCAUUUUGAAAGCUGCUUUGGAAUCUCAUCCCUCGUUGACAAAAAUUCACUUACGGUUUCUUGUAUCAGGACACAGUUUCUUACCAAACGAUGCUGACUUUUCUGAUAUUGAAACUGCUCUCAAACAUCAGCAGCGUCUUUACCUUCCCGAGGACUACAAAGAAGUAAUGAAGACAUGCAGAAAAAGAAAUCCUCUUGAAGUGGUUGAAAUGAAAAAAUUCAUCGGAACAUCCCAGCUGGAACAGAUGGUUAGCAAUAGGAAGAUAGAUGUGAACAAAGAAAAGGUUUCUUGGUUACAAACCAGAGAAAUAAUGCUAGAGAAGAACAAGCCUUUUUCUAUUUUUCUGAGAAAAGACUUUGUAAGUGAAUAUUCAGAAAUUGAUAUCAAAAAACGUCAAAGUGGCCGACCUUUAACCGGUUUCCGUGAUAAACUAAUACCUCUGUGGGAAAAUGGUAAACCAAUAGCCAUCCCAAAGCUUCGUGACAUAGAAUCGGUAAUGGAUUUAAUACCUGGUGAUGCCAAAGAGUUCUACAAAGCCUUGUUUGGAGCUGCACAAGUAGAAGAUGAUGUUGAUGGCUUCUCAGGAGCACCAGAUUUUGAUGUGGAAUAG